UACAUGAGCAAACGGUCGAACACUUGCCGUGCACCAACAACAGCACAGAGCCAUGGAGCUCCUCGACGGACUCGACGUCCCCCUCCUCCCGGCUCUCCUCUCCGCAUUGGCCAUUUCCCUGACCAUAUGCUACGUCCUCUUCUUCUCCCGCGCCGGCAAAGGGCUUCCACCGGGGCCUCGGGGCUGGCCGGUGCUGGGGAACCUCCCGCAGCUGGGCGGCAAGACGCACCAGACCUUGCACGAGAUGUCGAAACUCUACGGCCCCGUGCUCCGGCUCCGGUUCGGGAGCUCCGUGGUGGUGGUGGCCGGAUCCGCGGGCGCCGCGGAGCAGUUCCUGCGAACCAACGACGCCAAGUUCUCCAACCGGCCCCCAAAUUCCGGCGGCGAGCACAUGGCGUACAACUACCAGGACGUCGUCUUCGGGCCCUACGGCCCGCGGUGGCGCGCCAUGCGGAAAGUCUGCGCCGUCAACCUCUUCUCCGCCCGCGCCCUCGACGACCUCCGCGGGUUCCGCGAGCGGGAGGCAUCCCUCAUGGUGAAAUCGCUUGCCGAUGCUGCCGCCGCGAGCGGCGCCGGUCCCGUGGUGGCGCUGGGGAAGGCGGCGAACGUGUGCACGACGAACGCGCUGUCGCGGGCUGCGGUGGGGCGAAGGGUGUUUGCGGCGGCAGGUGGCGAAGGAGCGAGGGAGUUCAAGGAGAUCGUGCUGGAGGUGAUGGAGGUGGGCGGGGUGCUCAAUGUCGGGGACUUCGUGCCGGCGCUCCGGUGGCUCGACCCGCAAGGGGUGGUGGCAAGGAUGAAGAAGCUGCACCGCCGGUUUGACGACAUGAUGAACGGGAUCAUCGCCGAGAGGGAGGGCGGGUGCGGUAUGGCGCCCGGAGAGGAUGGGAAGGAGAAGGACCUGCUGGGGUUGCUGCUCGGGAUGAUGCAGGAGGAGAAGUCGCUCACCGGCGGCGAGGAGGAUGACAAGAUCACGCACACCGACAUCAAGGCCCUCGUCCUGAACCUAUUCGUGGCGGGUACGGAGACGACCUCAACCAUAGUGGAGUGGGCGGUGGCGGAGCUGAUCCGGCACCCAGACCUCCUUCAGCAGGCCCAGGAAGAGUUGGACGCCGUCGUGGGCCGGGCCAGGGUCGUCUCGGAAGCCGAUCUGCCGCGCCUCCCCUUCUUCACCGCCGUCAUCAAGGAGACCUUCCGCCUGCACCCAUCCACGCCACUCUCGCUCCCGCGGAUGGCCUCCGAGGAGUGCUUCGUCGCCGGCUACCGCAUCCCCAAGGGCACGGAGCUUCUCGUCAACAUCUGGGGUAUCGCCCGCGACCCGGCCCUGUGGCCCGACCCGCUCGAGUUCCGGCCCUCCCGGUUCCUCGCUGGAGGGUCACAUGCUGAUGUGGACCUCAAGGGUGCUGAUUUCGGGCUGAUCCCGUUUGGGGCUGGCCGGAGGAUCUGUGCCGGGCUCAGCUGGGGGCUGCGAAUGGUGACGAUUACGGCGGCGACUCUGGUGCACGCGUUCGAUUGGGAGCUGCCGGCGGGGCAGACGCCGGAUAAGCUGAACAUGGAGGAGGCGUUCUCUCUGCUGCUGCAGCGGGCCAUGCCGUUGAUGGUCCACCCCGUGCGAAGGCUGCUCCCAUCGGCAUAUGAGAUUGUGUAGAAGUGAAAUAUGAAGAGGUUUAUACGGUCCGGGUACCAAAUAAAUUUGGGAUGAAACAUUAAUUGUUGACGUGUGUGUAUUUGUUUGUUAACAUUCAUCCUUGUGUAUUGAUCCGAAAUAUGUUGAUCAAUCGUUGUAAUUAAUUGAUGACCGGUAUGCUUGAAAGAUCAGACGUAUUUGUGUUCUGAA